AUGACUGAAUUGGCAACCAUAUUUGCUGAGCUGGGUAUCUCUCACUACCUCCACGACUUCAUCGAACAGGGAUUUGAUACUUGGGAUACAAUUCUCGACAUUACAGAGUCGGAUUUCGAUGCGUUGGGUGUGAAGCUGGGUCAUCGGAGGAAGCUACAGCGAAAAAUAGCCAAUUCGAGAGGCUUGUCUUCUGACAGAGCUCUAGCGUCACCUCGCAAUACACCCACUGACGACCGACACGGAGAUGACUUAAAGCCUGCGGGUACAAGGGGUGAAAACAAAGAUGGAGGAGGUUCGGUUCCCGGCGCAAAGCGCAAGUAUAGACGACACCCAAAACCCGAUGAGAAUGCCCCGGAACGGCCACCAUCUGCCUAUGUGAUAUUUUCAAACAAAAUGCGUGAGGAUCUUAAGGGGAGGAAUCUAUCGUUCACGGAAAUUGCCAAGCUGGUUGGUGAAAAUUGGCAGAAUCUUUCACCUGGUGAGAAAGAUCCCUAUGAGCAGCAAGCCUUUUCUGCGAAAGAGCGGUAUAACAACGAGCUCGCGGAAUAUAAAAAGACGGAACAGUACGCUGAAUACUCGCAAUAUCUGUUGGAAUUCAAGGCUAGGCAUUCAAAUCCUCAGCAAACGAGCGAUGCAGAUGUAUCCAAACGACCGAAGCUAGAAGCUCAUGUCAGCACAACGAGUAGUGGAACUGCGAGCAGUAGCACCAGUCAACAAGAGCCUGUGCCUAGCCGUGCCCGCAUUGAACAACCUGUUUCAAGUUCUAGUCAGUGGCAGCCAGCUGAAGCCCAGUCAUCACCAAAGCUAUCAACUACGCCGAAAUUAAAUUUGGCAUCGGGAUCACAGGCGCCUCAGGUCUCGGCUACUUCUCCCACAGUCCUGCCAGGCUAUCGCGAUUCGAUUUACCCUUCUCUUCCAUGGAGAGACGCACAACGUGACGAGAUUGCUGGUCGUUAUCAACAACUUCCUCGUAUUGCGAGUGUCAAGGAUAGACAAUCUAGUUUCUCAGGAGCUUCUCACCCAGAAUCUCUGAACCUCACUGGUUCACAACAGCAUGCUCACCGGACAGGCCAUACUCAUCCACCGCCGCUCCUGACUUCAGAAUCAACCAAUCGAUCAACGGCGUCCUCCGGCAGUACAGUAUCAUCUGUGUACUACUCCCCUCGGACACCGAUGGAGCCGCCAAUGGAGAGAGCCCUGCCAAUCCCAGCCAUGUACACGCAGAAGUCCUAUGAAAAUCAAUUACCGCCUAUCAGACCCCCAUCUCUAUCUCCCCAGUCUACGCUGUCUGGCCAUCCACAGCAGUCUCCAAAUGCUCAUCCCAAAUCGGGAGAGUACGCACACCCUAUACCCCCAAUCCGCGGUUACGGCUCAAUCGUAUCGCACCACUCUAUCUCGAAUGAUCAUCCCGAUUAUCGAAACAGAGACUUCAUGAAUUCUACUUCAUCAGCAGAUGACUCGAUCCUAGACCCUGUCAGUGCUCUACUGAGGGCAGGAGAAAUCGUCAAUCAAAAUAGCAGGGGCCGUUCAGAUUCGUAG